CCUAAUUCAGUGUCAUUGAGUCUGUCCGAGUGAAACGAUCGUCCCAUGGAAAAUUGAAAUGUCGGAUUACUCGGGAUUAAUUAAAAAAUUUGGGGGAGUGAAACCCCCACCUGUGGAGCUUCUUCAACCCCUUGUCGUACCCCAGGAUCGAUUGCUCUUCAGCCCCGGCCCCAGCAACUGCUCCCCAAGAGUUCUCGAAUCUCUCAAAAAUCCAGUCAUCGGACAUUUGCACCCGGAAAUAUUAAAGAUGAUGGACGAUAUCAAACUGGGCAUCAAGUACAUGUUCCAAACUGAUAGUAGACUGACCUUGGCGAUAAGCGCAGCGGGGCACGGGGGUAUGGAGGCGUGUCUGGGUAAUUUACUAGAACCUGGAGAGACUGUUCUGAUCGUCAACGGAGGAAUCUGGGGUGAAAGAGCAUCUGACAUGUCCAGAAGAGUUGGCGCCCACGUGGAACUAUUGACAACAGAACUUGGAGUUGCAUUCACCUUGGAUGAGCUCAGGGUCGCCCUGACGAAAUUCAGGCCGUCAGUGGUUUUCUGCACUCAUGCAGAAUCCAGCACUGGCCUCAAACAGCCGCUGAUUGGUGUUGGGGAUUUAGUGCGCAAGUAUGACGCACUCUUGAUUGUUGACACGGUUGCAUCCCUCGGAGGGGAGCCUUUCUUCAUGGACGCCUGGUGUGUCGAUGCUGUUUACACGGGGAGUCAGAAGACACUUGGUGCACCACCGGGGAUCACUCCAGUGUCCUUUGGACCGAGGGCAGAGAAAAAAAUUCUGUCCCGUAAAUUCCAGAUUCCCGUUUACUAUUGGGAUAUGAAACUCUUGGGAACUUAUUGGAACUGCUUCGACGAGCCCCGAAUUUAUCAUCACACAAUCAGUGCGACAUUAAUUUAUGGACUGCGAGAAGGACUGGCCCAAUUGGUUGAAGAGGGCCUGGAGAACAGCUGGAGAAGACACAAAGAAUCUGCGGAUAUUCUCAAAGAGGGACUCACGAGGAUGGGCCUGAAAUUCUUAGUGAAAAAUCCUGAUCACCGAUUGACGACUGUCACGGCAUUUCACCUGCCCGACGGAGUCGACCCGGGGAUCGUCACCAGGAGGUGCCUCGAGAGGUUUAACGUCGAAAUUUCUGGCGGUUUGGGCCCAACAGCUGGGAAAAUCAAUAGAAUCGGCGUAAUGGGAGUGAAUGCAACACCAAAAAAAGUUGCGGUGGUCCUUAAGGCCCUGGAAGAUGCCCUCACCUUCGCGAAAUCUCACAGUAAACUUUAAAAAAAAAUUAUAUAAAUAACCGCUAGAAUAAGGAGUGGUAAUGAGCUGAAAAAUUUUUGAAUUAAUUAAUAUAAAACCACACGAGUGCUAAACAUUUUCAAAAUUUUUUAUUCAAUGAAAAAUACUGAAAUCGGCGUACACUUUCCUCAUAAUAAAUCCACAGCUAUUUUUCCACUCCCUUUAACGUAUAUCUGCAAACUGUCUCAACAUUCAGAAAAAAA